UUACAAAUAAUCAAAAGCGGGUUCCUUCCCCAUCUCACGAAGACAUUUAAUGAAAUACAUAAUACUCCUGUUGAUCAUGAAACCUUUGUUACUUUGAUCACCUUGUGUAGUACCUUUGCCAACCAGAAGAAGAAGAAGAAGAAGAAAGAAGAAGAUGUGUCUGGGCAGAGAGCAACCUUGUCUGUGUUGCCAACCUCGCAGUUAUAUCAGAAUGGUGCAGCAUCUGAUAGAGAGGUGCUUGAUCCUGCGCAUGGCCCGCGAUGACUGCGUCCAAGCGCUUGCCCGGCACGCGGGCAUUGAACCGCUGGUUACUUUGACCGGUGAUCCCUCUCUUCCCUUCCCAGCAAUGCCUGUGACUUCUGAUCUACUGUGGAACGAACUCAUGAAGGCAAACAAGGAAUUCUUCCAAACUUAUAAUUCAGAAAGCUCACCCACAUUACUAUGUAUUUUCUCAGGUAGGCCAUUGAAUAUGGAGUCAAGAUUCCGGCAAAGGAGACAGUGGUCAGGGAAACUCAACGAGGAUGAUGGACCAUGGAAGGGGUCUCCAAGAAUGGGGAGAUGAUCGAGUGCAUGUCUAAGGAAUCUGUGAAAAAGAUUAGCUGGUUUAUGCAAAUCAUGGUAGUUUAAGUUAGUCAUGUACUACUGCCUUGUGUAUGUACUUCUAUCUAUUGAUGGCUCUUUGGGAAGAACCCUAUCUUGUACAGCUUCUUGAAUUAAAAUUGCAUUACUUGAUUUGCUUUAGAAUUGCCAGAUAUGCU